AUGUCGAUAACAAGAUCCCUCGCAGCCUUUGCGCUCCUCACCUUGACUUUCGCCCUACCAGAUGGAAUAAGACCUCUCGAUACUCGUGCUUCAGCUUGUACACCAGUAGCAGGUGGAUCCGCCUCUAUCGAUGAUGUUCCCGCCAUCACAUCAGCAAUUGCCCAAUGCGGAAAGGGAGGCACUAUAGUCAUUCCUGCUGGCAAAACCUACUACCUGAACAGCGUACUAGAUUUUGCAGGAUGUGUUGGAUGUGACUUUCAGAUAGAAGGCCUGUUGAAAUUCAGCUCUUCGACUGCGUUCUGGGAGGGAAAGACAGCAAUGAUCAAUAUCAAGAAUAUUGAUGGACUCAAGAUCCGAUCUUUGACGGGAAGUGGAGUGAUUGACGGAAAUGGGCAAAAUGCAUGGGACGUUUUCGCAGCAAACAGCAGCUACGCCCGCCCAACCCUUCUCUACAUCACUGGUGGCUCUAACAUCGAGCUCUCAAACCUCCGCCAAAAGAACCCGCCCAAUGUCUUCAAUUCGGUCAAAGGCAACACCAAAACCGUGUUGUUCGCCGAUCUCAAAAUGGACGCCACAUCCAAGAGCGACAAUGAGCCGAAGAACACGGAUGGCUUCGACAUCGGCGCCAGCACAGAUGUGACCAUCAGCAACGUGAACGUGAAGAACGACGAUGACUGCGUAGCGUUCAAGCCCGGUGCAGACGGUGUCACGGUCACGGGUAUUACCUGCACCGGAAGCCAUGGACUAUCUGUGGGAUCGCUGGGAAAGAGUUCCUCCGAUACGGUGAAGAACGUCUACGUGUCCGGCGCGACGAUGAUUAAUUCGACCAAGGCCACUGGAAUCAAGACAUAUCCCUCUGGUGGAAGCCAUGGCAUUUCAACAGUGAGCAAUGUUACUUUCACGGAUAUUGUGGUUGAUGGGUGUGACUAUGCUAUUCAAAUUCAGAGUUGCUACGGAGAAAAUACGGCUUACUGUGUGGAUAAUCCUGGGAAUGCGGUUUUGACGGGCAUUGUUUUUGACAAUAUCAGCGGGACGACCAGUGGGAAGUAUAAGGAUGUUACGGGCAAUCUUGCUUGUGGAUCUGGUGGAAUUUGUGAUGUCAAGGUUAGUGCUUAUACUGUUAAGGCGCCAUCAGGGGGGAGCCAGGUGCUGUGCGCUAAUACCCCGUCGGGUUUGGGAGUUACAUGCACACCAGGUGCCUCAGGCUAA